UCUCGAUAUUCUAGCAUCUGUUGUAACUAGUCCUGUGUUAGUGUAGAUAUUCCUAAAUCUUGGGAGCUAGAGUAUAUAGGAAACAUCGUAUUCCUCAUUCAGUACACACAGAAAAUUCGAGUCUCUGUUUCUCUAUUUAAAUAAUAGCUGAACGAGAAGUUUCCAAAUAUUUUUCUCUCUCUCUCUUUGACAAUGGGUUUAAACUCGUCAACCGCAGCUUCAACAGAAGUUUCUACCAUCGUGAAGCACUGGAGAGAGCAUCCUCCUUCGUCUUAUUCCCUUAAGAUUCAAAACUUCUCAGAACUUGAGAAGUCGACUGCCUUCUCUGAUCAUAAAUACCAAUCUCGUCUUUUCUCCUAUGGUGGAUAUAACUGCAGGAGACUGAUCAUAUACCCAAAAGGGAACGGAGAAGACAAUGUGAGUGGAUUUAUUUCCAUGUACGUGGAAAUAGAUAUCGAAAGCUUGAUUGUAUUCACACCUCCUAUAGAGAUUUUUGCGGAGCUCCGUUUCUUUGUCUACAAUAAGAAAGAAAACAAGUAUUUUACUAUUCAAGAUGUAGGAUUAAAACCGUUCAGCGCACUUAAAACGAGGUGGGGGUUGCAGCAAGUUCUUCCAUGUGUUACAUUCAACAACCCUGACAACGGUUACAUCUUUGAGGGAGGUCAAUGUGAGUUUGGUGUUGAUGUCAUUGUUGCUCCAUCCCUUAUCAAUUGGGAAGUCCUCUCGUUUACUAAGAAAUACUAUGAUCCUAAGUUCUCUUGGGCUAUAAAAAACUUUUCUGAAUUGAAAGAGAAUGUCCAGAAAUCAAACAGUUUUCCAAUGGGAGGAAAGAAUUGGGUUCUACAGCUGUAUCCAAAGGGGGACUCUAGAGUAGAUGGAAAAUGGUUAUCCAUUUUUCUGUAUUUAGCUGAUAGUGAUAAACCAGAAGCUGAUGAGAGGAUUUUCGUGCGAGCAAGUUUCCGAGUUCUUAACCCACUUGGAUUCAAUCACUUUGAAUAUCAAUCGAAAAAGUGGUACACAGAACAAACCCCGGCUUGGGGUUGGUCUCAGUUCUUAUCUUUAGCUGAACUUCCAAAGCUUUACUUGGACAAGGAAGACACGCUUAAAGUUGAGGUCGAAUUUAAAGUUGUUUCUGCGACCAAAUACUAUUCCACAGAGGCGGAUCCACUUGACGAGGAAUGGGUUCAAUUAACCCCAGAAAAUUACAUAGAUUAGAUUUUGACCAGAAAAUUACAUAGAUUAGAUUUUUAAGCUGUGUUCAUCAAUAAAUUAUGGCAGGCUUGCCCAAAAACACCUUUGACCCCAGUCACUUUUUAUGCUGGGUCUGCCAUUGUCUCCCACUAUCUAAGCUCCGAUUGGUAAUCAUCGUUUAGCUGAAUCUUCGAAAAAAUAAUUAAAUUGUGGAAAAAAUAAAUAUCAAUAAGAAAACUAUUUAUUAUAUAAUAUGAAAAU